AUGUCUAUAAGAGAGCUUCUAGGUCUACCAGGGCUGCUAUGUAGAAGAGAGAAAGCUUUAAAAGUAGGUAGAAAGAGUCCUCUAAGAUAUAGAGUAGCCAGUAUAACUAUCUACUAUACUAGGAGGCCAGAGCUCCCUCUAAGUAGUAGUAGUAUAGGGAAGAGCAGCAAGCUAGUCUAG